AUGGGUCUUAUAUGCCGCUAUGCAGCUACAGAGCAAAAGGUUAUCAGAUUCAAUCUCGACAAUCGUACAAUCAAAGAUUUCGAUCAGAGCAUCUUCAACGCUUCACCCGAGUUCCGAUAUUAUUGCGCUACGUGGCUUGCUCGGUCCAUCCCAAUAACCAUGGAGCUAGAAACAACGAAACCAAUCGCUGACUUUGACAACUUCAAAACACUACAGAGUCUUUUUGAGUGGGCCGAAGAUAGGGCUUUAUAUCCCCUACACGGUAGCAUUAUAGUUAGAAGCUCAGAAGCCCAAACCCGGUCUCUGGAAAAUGUCUGCACGUUGGCACUCAACUUCUGCCUGGCAACGCCUAGCACAUUGACCAAAGUACCAGACUCCGCAACAAUCAAUCGGAUCGGCAUGAUUGAUUCCUAUCUAGGUUAA